CGUCUCCUUACUUCCUCCCCCCUCCUCCUCUACGCCCACACGCCACUGGAAGCUCGCCUCGAUUAAGCAACAAGUAACCCACCAACUCGAGCCAUCAACCGCCCGGGCGCUGCCAAGGCCGCGCCUUUGUUCGCGUGCGCGGCGACGGUAGUUGCCGCCAAGAACCUGCAAAUAAAAAUCAGUUCUUGAUUUGACCUGGGCGCUGUCUGUGGUACGCAUCCAAUGGAGGUGAAGGAGCCUGUGAAACCGCGACUGCCGCCGGGGUUCCGGUUCCGGCCCACCGACGAGGAGCUGGUGAUGCACUACCUCCGCCGCCGCUCGCUCGCCUCCCCGCUCCCCGCCGCCGUCGACAUCCCCGACAUCCGCAUCCUCGCGCACGACCCCUCCGACCUCCUGCCCCCAGGGUGGAGCGAGCAGGAGCGGUACUUCUUCACGUGCAAGGAGGCCAAGUACGAGAAGGGCCGCCGCGCGAACCGGGCCACCGGCGCCGGGUACUGGAAGGCUACGGGCAAGGAGAAGCCCGUCGCCGUGGCGGUCCCGGCGCCGAGAGGCAGCCAGGCCGUGCUCGUGGGCAUGAAGCGCUCGCUGGUGUUCUACCGGGGGAAGGCGCCCAGCGGCAGCAAGACGGAUUGGGUCAUGCACGAGUACCGCCUGGCCGGCGCCGGCCUCGCCCCGUGCCGCCGCGCGCCGGGUGACCACGCCGCCGCGGUGUCGCGCCCGGCGGAGGGCUGGGUGCUCUGCCGCGUGUUCAGGAAGAAGGGCUCCGCCUCUGCCAACGCGGCCGCCGCUGCGAUCCCGGCCGAUCGGAGCGACGCCGAGGGCGAGCGCGUCGCGGAGGACGCCCAGGGCGCCAGGUUCGUCGACUUCUUCGCUCGCGCGGACGCGGACGCGGCGCGGCGUCGGCGCGCAUCCUCUCCCGUCGUGUCAUCGAGCUGCCUGACGGACGCCUCGCACGAGCAGCACAGCCGGGAGCAGGAGACCACCAGCCGGGGCGCGUGAAGGCUCGGCUGAGCGUGAAGCUGGAGAGCAGAGCAACCAAAGCUUUGCAAGCCGCAGCAGCGAGCGAGCUGCUGAGGUGCCUAAUUUGGUCGGUAGGAGUAAUUAGCAACGCAAGCGAGGGAGCAAGGCUUUCAGUUCAGUCCGGUCCAGUUCGGUUGAGUCUUCAGUGUAGCCGCUGAAACUAAUGUACCUGAUCAAUUCCAUGUCCGUGCCUUCCAAUUCCAAUCCCCUUUGCAAA